AAACAAGAAUCUACUUUCCAAAAAUGUAUGCAUUAUUUAUAUUUUUGAAUUUGUUCCUAUCAUAAAUGUAUCCGACAAAGAUGAAAAAGUGUGUUUUUAUAUUUGCCGCGCAUUCCUAUACCACGUUUGGGCGGAGUCUCUUCAGGCCAAGUUGCACAAGUGACUGGUUCGCAGGUAUUUUUAGUCGGUGAAUCAACACAUUUUUAAUUCAAGCAUACAAAACUUGGAUAACAGUAUUAUGGCUUCCACUACCGAAUCUGAGGUCCUUUUGGAAACGGAAACAGAUCGUUUCGAACACUCAAAUACUUUUGCAGACGAAAACGACAAUAAAUUGUCGUUAAAAUAUAAAGCUUCAAACACUUCUUUUCUAGAACAAAUUGCUAAUUUGGUUAAAAACGAAAAACAAGAAAAAUUUUGGCAAAGAGUGACUGCUAACGUAUCGAAUGAAAAAAUAAAGAUUUUAAAACUUGAAGAACCUCAAAAGAUAACGGUAACAAAUAUGCAGGAUAAUGAAGAUGUUUCGGACAUGGAAGAAACAUUGCGAGAGCGAGACGACGCAAUAAAAACCGAGGAAUUUGUAAAGGACAUGCUUGAAAAAAUUGUCUCGGCUUUACCAAUAGGUCCUGACGAAGGAGAUACAAGUAUUAAGGACGAACCACAGGACAACGUGUCUGAAGAAAAUGAGCUCUCUAUUAACUUAUUGCAAGAAAACGGAACCAAUAAUAUUAAAUCAGAACUACCUAUGGACGUAGAAAUAGAAGAUGACCACGGCAAAAAACGCCCGUCGGAGACUGAUCAAACCUUGGAAGAAAACCCACCAAAACGCCCCAACUGUGAAAAUCAAGGGAUGACAACAGAUGAACAACCCACGCUUUGUGACAACGCAAAAACACCCAGUGAAAUAGAAGACGGCAUUAGUUGCGAAAAAAGUGAGCCGAAUUCCGAUUUGAUUACCCAGAUGUUAACACUUGUAGAUAAAGAGGUAUCAGGUUGUUGGGAAACGACAUCGCAACAGCCGUACACGUUGAUUCGAGUUUUAGAAAAUACAACCGAGUAUAACGACGUUCAUCAGAUAUUUUCUCGUACUUGUCGUGACAUCAAAAUGGUGAAACUUGAACGCGUCCAAAAUUUGUACUUGUUUGGCCAGUUUUUACUAAAAAAGGAGAAAAUGCGUAUGAAAAAUGGGUCGGUUCAAGAGAAGCAGCUGUUUCAUGGGACUAGGGAGGAAUAUGUGGAUGGUAUUUGUAAGAAUAACUUUGACUGGCGUCGUUGUGGGUCCUCCAGGGGUCACAUAUUUGGACAGGGAGUUUCGUUCUCACCAGAAGUGACAUAUGCACGUCACUAUAGUCCAUGUUCUGAUAAAGUGAUGAUUCUUACCAAAGUAUUGGUGUGUAUGUCUACAGUGGGUGACUCGAGUACGGUAGUACCACCAGACCCCUAUGACACCACUCAUAAAUCGGCCGGUACGGUUUUCGUCAAGUAUGAAGACGACGACUUCUACCCUCAGUAUGUGAUUCAUUUUGGAUAUAAAAAUUUUUACUUUUUUUACCAUUUAUGAUUAAUUUUAUCUGUAUGUUAUCAUAGUGGAAUGACAAUUAAAAACUGUAAGACUGAAGACAUAAAUAAAACAUUAGUAACACUUUA